AAAAUAAUUUUCAUGAUAAACUAUAGACACAUAAAUAUAAAUUGGCAUUGUGAAUUAUAUCUAGAGGUCAGUGCGAUUAUCUUCAUCACCUUGAAGCAGCACUUAACUGGAAGAAGAAGAAGAAGAAGAUAAAGUUUUAAUUCAAUCUGUGCCUUGGUUUCAUUUGAUGAUUUAAAUUAAACCAGCAUUAAUUUUAUUACAUUUUUUGCCAGCCAUGAUGAGAUGAGGUUAGGAGCUUUCUUUUCUCCCCAUUUGUCAAUUACAGGAGACAGAAUUGAUUGUGUCUGAUUUGAUUGGAUGAGAGGAUGAAAUAAUAGAGACUCCAACUGUUAAGACUUUUUAAAGUGCAUGACUACAUGUAUAACAGUGAUAAUCAGUAAGCGAAUGAAUACCGCCAUAAGCAUUCAUAACAACAAUUCCCCUUAUAAUUCCCCUAUAUCAUACAGAUAAAGUACAAAUCUAUCUGGGUGACAUCCUAGAUCAGCCACAUAGAGCUCAGUUCGUUCCAUGUGAGGAUGAGCUACCCAUCAUCAUAACUUUGUGAGUUUGCCUGCAGAAGACAAGCCAUAUGAUGGAGAAGAAGAGAAGUAUCGCCUAUUUCUUAUGGAUGACAGGAGGAUGGUUUGGCCUACAUCAUUUCUACCUCGGGAGAGACAGACAUGCAUUUGUGUGGUGGUGUACGUUAGGUGGAUUCUUUGGUCUUGGAUGGCUCCGAGAUCUCUUCUGUAUCGGUCGUUACGUCGAUACAGCUAAUGAUGAAUCGUCAUAUGUCAAGUACUACACUGAGCUCUUAAGAACUCGAAACUACCCAUCCUUCAGUAUAUCCAGAUUCGCAGGUCAACUGUUUGUCAGCGCUUUCUUUGGGUAUCUUGCAACGUGUGCAGUACCGAACGAUGUUGCAGACGCCCUCCCCAUCUUGCGACCUCUCCUUGCACCAUUCGCUGUAGCGCUAGGAGUACAUUUAGUCGGGAACAUUGGCAGAGAGGAAGGUCCUUUGAAAUAUGCUCUCCUUGGAGCAUACAUUCCAGGUAUUCUUCUGUAUGCCGACCCAAGUAAUAUAGUUUAUCUGUCGAUAUUCAGUGCCAUUGUCUUCAGGAGGGGUGUUGCCUACAGACGGACGCCAGAAAGAUGGAAAACAGAUGGUGUCUGUAAAAGAAUAGUCAUCUUAGGAUUAGCAGGAGCUUUAGUUUGUACUGCUUGGGGCUGUGCCAUAUACUACAACGUAUCCGUGACUACUGCUGAAGGAGAGACCAUCUAUGUGAAGGACGCUCUCGCCCAUUUCUUUGAGUCACCAGCCUGGAAGGACUUCAAGGAGGUCUUGGGCCACGUCUGGACCUUGAUUCGAGAGCGGGGUUGGAAGGAGGCUUAUAAUGAGUUUGUCGAAGCCUUAGAUCCGGAAGGAGAAGCCUCUGCUCAUAAGACCUUAGAUUUAAAGGAAGGAGCCACCCAAGAACAGAUCACCCAGCGGUAUCGUAAGCUUGUCCGUAAGUGGCAUCCUGAUAAACACAAAGGACAAGGCAAGGAAGAAGCAUCUCAUCGUUUCAUGGAGAUACAGGAAGCCUAUGAAAGACUAUCCACCAUCAAUGCUCGUAGGGCCAGUCAUAGGAAAGAACAUAGUUUUGAAGAUGAACCAAGAAGGUAUUAGAUUAAAGUGAAUAAAAUAAUGCACAAACAAAUGCAAUAACUCAAUCUGUUUGUAAGAAUGUUACCUGUCAAUGAAAAAAAAAUCCCACCUGUGCAUUAGAAGAAUUGGUAAAAAGUUUUAUGAAUAUGAUCUGAUGAUUUGUAAGGUGGAAAAUGUCUUCUUGUCCCAAUAAAGAAAAUAAUGCACGUCCAUGAAAAUUAAUAGGUAAUUCAUGACUCGCUUCAUAUUUAGCAUUGAUAAUGAUAUAUUUGGCACAAUCCACACAUAGAUUCUGACAAUAUGAUUUAUUGGAGGAAAAUAAUUUAUGUCUGUAACUAGUACUUAAAUGUGUGGAGCUAUAUUUUAUAGAUUACUUACAUUUUGACAUGUAGUGAUUUUUGUUUGUUAUACUGUUAAUCAUAUUUGUAUGCAAUAUGUCACCUUUAUGAAAUUACUUGAUAAUAGUGUGUACUAAUGUUUAUAGUUGUAAUCAUGCACAUUUAAGUUGUAUCGUUAAUAUCUGUAUAAUUUAUUGUAUGAUUUUUGAGGUGAGGCUUACAGUUCAUCACAUCAUAUUUGUGUAUUGAUUGCAUUUAUUUUUGCUAUGUAUCUUUGUCAGAAACAUUCCAAGGAGUAUAAAAUUAUGUAUUGUUACUUCA